AUGAAACUCGCUAGUUUAUUAAUUGUUUUAAUCUUCACUUGCAUAUUAUGUGCAUUUGUUAAGACAAUUCCAAUUCGAAAAGGUCUAGCUAGACAUGCUUUAAAAGAUUACUCGUCAACUGAUCAUUCAAAAAUAUUAAAUGAUGAGGCUGAAUCGUCUGUCAAUCCUCAGAUUCAAAAAUAUGAAGAAACGUUAAAACCAAAGUUAAAAAUUACAAAACACGGCAAAGAAAUACCUAUGAACACAAUAAAUAGAAGUGAAUAUAAAAGAGAAUAUUACCAAAAGAAUAAAGAAAGGUUGAAUGAAAAUAAUCGGAAUAACUAUGAAAAGAAUAAAGAAAAGUUGUUAGAAUGUAAACGAAAUUACCGAAAACAAAAUAAGGAAAAGAUAAACGAAUAUCAGCGAAAUUACUAUAAAAUAAAUAAGGAAAUGGUACUGAAAAAACGUAAAAUUUAUAGGCAAAAUAAUAGAGAAAAGUAUAAUAAAUCCCAGCGAAAAUACCAACAAAAAAAGAAAAAUGUCGAAGCUGAUAUGGCAGGAACUUCAUUUGUUAAUCCACAGACUGAUGAUUUUGUUAAUAAAGGUAAAUCACCAAUUACACACGCGGAGACUUUUAACGAAGGAAAUCUUUUCAAUCAAGGGGGAAAAGAAUAUAAUAAUGUCGAGGAAGAGCUAAACCAACUCGAGGCGGAAGAAUCAAAUAAAAUUCUUGAAGUUGACAUAAAUCAAAAAGAAUUAAGUGAAGAGAAAUAUCUUUUUGAUCUGAAUGAGAUUCCUAAGGAUGAAGAAUUGAAAAAGUAA